AUAGUAUAGUAUCGAUCAUGCAUUGAUUUUGUAUUCUUUCUUUGUCUAUUCUCAUACUUGGAAUCGAACAAGUAGUAAGUGACAACAUUACUAUUGAAAAAGAAAGAAGAAAAAAAGAAAAGUUGGUACAUACAUCCUUAUAUAUAUAUAUACAUACAUACAGAGAGACUCUGUUUUCACUCGUGAAGCGAUAGUAAUGAAAACCCAAUUGGGGUCUGAUCUGAUCUGAGCUAGUUUGUUAAUUACUUAUUACUCCGUGAUGGCGAUCAGAGCUUGGUUGCUGUUGUUCAUGGCGGUAGCUCUGUUUUCAUGGACUGGACACUCUAAGUUCAUUGCUUACAACACUACUUCCACUAUUGUUAAUGGAAAGAUCAAUGUUCAUUUGGUUCCCCAUACUCACGAUGAUGUUGGAUGGUUGAAGACCAUUGAUCAGUACUAUGUUGGCUCCAACAACUCCAUUCAGGAUGCUUGUGUUCAAAACGUGUUGGAUUCAUUAGUUCCCGCACUGUUGGCUGAUAAGAAUCGCAAGUUCAUUUACGUAGAACAGGCAUUUUUCCAGCGUUGGUGGGAUGAACAGAGUGAGGUUGUUAAAAGCACAGUCAAGAAACUAGUCAACUCUGGUCAACUAGAGCUCAUAAAUGGGGGUAUGUGCAUGCACGAUGAGGCUGCAACUCAUUACAUUGAUAUGAUUGAUCAGACUACUCUUGGCCAUCGCUUUAUAAAGGCUGAGUUUAAUGUCACUCCUAGAAUUGGUUGGCAGAUUGAUCCAUUUGGUCAUUCUGCCGUACAAGCCUACCUGUUAGGAGCUGAGGUUGGAUUUGACUCUUUUUUCUUUGGGAGAAUUGACUACCAAGAUAGAGCUAAGCGAAAAAAUGACAAGACCCUUGAGGUUGUCUGGCGAGGAUCUAAGAGUCUUGGCUCAUCUUCACAGAUCUUUGCUGGGGCUUUUCCUGAGAAUUAUGAACCUCCCAGCAGAUUUUACUACGAAGUUAAUAGUGGUACGGAUGAUCCUAUUGUGCAAGAUAAUCCAAAUUUGUUUGACUACAAUGUGAUGGAGCGUGUGAAUCAAUUUGUGGCUGCUGCUAUAUCACAAGCUAACAUUACUCGUACAAAUCAUGUCAUGUGGACAAUGGGGACAGAUUUCCAGUACCAAUAUGCAAGAACAUGGUUUCGGCAGAUGGACAAGUUUAUUCAUUAUGUUAACCAAGAUGGGCGUGUAAAUGCCCUGUACUCAACCCCAUCAAUAUACACUGAUGCAAAACAUGCAGCAGAUGAGUACUGGCCAUUAAAGAGCGAAGACUACUUCCCCUAUGCAGACAAACAAAAUGCAUAUUGGACUGGUUAUUUUACUAGCAGACCAGCCCUUAAAGGCUAUGUUAGAGUGACAAGCGCCUACUAUUUGGCAGCAAGGCAGCUAGAGUUUUUUAGGGGAAAGAGUAAAGCUGGGCCGAACACAGACUAUCUUGCUGAUGCUUUAGCAAUUGCUCAACAUCAUGAUGCAGUUAGUGGUACAUCGAAACAACAUGUUGCAGAUGAUUAUGCAAAAAGAAUAGCAAUUGGUUACUCUGAGGCUGAGAAGGUUGUUGCAGCAUCGCUUUCACAGUUAACAAAUUCGGCAUCAAAAACUGGUUACAACCACUCUUCUAUAAAGUAUCAACAGUGUCCACUUUUGAACAUCAGCUAUUGUCCCCCAUCAGAGGUUGAUCUGUCAAAGGGAAAAAAUCUGGUUAUUGUAGUUUAUAACCCCUUGGGAUGGAAAAGAGAGGAUGUUGUUAAGAUUCCAAUUGUGGAUGAGAAUGUGGUGGUUAAGGAUUUUAGAGGAAAGGAAAUUGAAUCACAGUUCAUACCUCUGUCUCAUGUUUCUGUGGCCAUAAGAAAAUACCAUGCAAAGGCCUAUUUGGGAAAACUUCCAAAAGUGACACCUCGCUAUUGGCUCGCAUUUUCUGCCAUUGUACCACCUCUUGGAUUCAGUACUUACACUGUCUCAAGUGCCAAAGGGGCAGCAGCUGGUGGUGGUUCUGAGAAAGAAUCAGUGAAUGUGUCAGCUAGAAAUGAAGAUCAUAAAAUUCAAGUGGGAUCAGGAAACUUAAAACUUUUUUAUUCUAAAAAGAGUGGACAACUUACAAAAUACAUUAACAAAAGAAGCAUGGUGGAUGAGUCAGUAGAACAAUCCUUUGGCUAUUACUCUGGAGAUGAUGGAAGUGUAGAUAUGCAGGCCUCAGGAGCAUACAUAUUUCGUCCUAAUCUCACUUAUCCUAUUAGAUAUGAAAAGAAGGUUCCUCUUACUGUUUUCCGGGGACCAAUAUUGGAUGAAGUACAUCAGAGAAUCAAUUCAUGGAUAUAUCAGAUCACUAGAGUGUUCAAGAGAAAAGAACAUGUCGAAUUUGAGUUUUCUAUUGGACCAAUACCAAUCAAUGAUGGAAUUGGAAAAGAGAUAGUAACAAAAAUCUCCAGCAGUUUGAAAAGCAACAAAAAAUUCUAUACAGAUUCUAAUGGGCGUGAUUUUAUCGAGAGGAUUCGAGAUUAUAGGAAAGACUGGAACCUGGAAGUAAAUCAACCUGUUGCAGGAAACUAUUACCCAAUCAAUCUUGGCAUUUAUACAAAGGAUAAGAGCUCUGAGCUCUCAUUGUUGGUGGAUAGAGCAGUGGGUGGAUCCAGCAUUGUGGAUGGGCAAUUAGAACUUAUGCUUCACAGGAGGUUGCUCGAAGAUGAUGAUCGAGGAGUGGCAGAGGCACUAAAUGAAACAGUUUGCAUUGCUGAUAACUGUCAAGGCCUAACUAUUGUAGGAAAGUACUACCUCAGAGUUGAUCCCCUAGGAGAAGGUGCUAAAUGGCGUCGAUCUUAUGGCCAAGAAUUAUAUUCUCCAUUUCUGUUAGCAUUUACAGAACAGGAUGAACACAACUGGAAUUCCCAUGUUCCAACGUUUUAUGGUAUGAGCCCCUCCUAUGCUUUACCAGAUAAUGUUGCAAUACUGACUCUGCAGGAGCUAGAAGGUGGAAAAGUCCUCCUUCGAUUGGCACACUUGUACGAGGUUGGAGAAGAUAAAGAUCUUUCCAUUAUGGCAAGUGUAGAAUUGAAAAAGGUGUUCAACAAUAAGAAGAUAAAUAGCAUAGAAGAGACCAGUUUAUCUGCUAACCAAAAAAGAUCAGAAAUGGAGAAAAAGAGACUAGUCUGGAAAGUUAAAGGCUCUUCUAAAGAGCCAAAGGUAUUAAGGGGAAGACCAAUUGAUCAAAAAAAUCUAGUUGUGGAGCUUUUUCCAAUGGAAAUCAGAACCUUCAUUAUUAACUUCUACUCUUGAUGAUCAACAACUGAAUAGUACAAGCCCCCUGCAACAAAUUUCUUUUUCUUCUUUGAAAAUCAGAGAAGAGAUCUUUAUGGUUGGGUUUCACUUUGCAGAUUCCAUGCAAGAAAAUUGGCAUUGGAAACAAAGUAUUUUCAUAUUUUUCCAUUUGGGGUUCAUGCAAGGCUAGUCAAACUAUUGAAGCUUAAUUCAGCGGUCUUCACAUCCAUAAGAAUAAAUGUGUAAUCAUAAGAAUAAGAAGUCAAUAUAGAAUGCUAUUUUGUUCUGCUUAGGAGGAAUAAAAUAUUCUGCCAACCAAAAUCAGUUUAUGGCAUUUAGUGUCAUAUAUGAUAUAUGAGUUUUUCUUGAUUAUUA